GGGCGGGGAGGCGGGCGAGAGCCGGGCAGCACCUUGCGGCGGGCGGAAGCGCUGCUUCUCUGGUCUCAUGAUCACAGCUGAUAAUGAAGAAGUUUUGAGAGCUGAGCUCAAAGGAGAGACCCAGAAAUGAAAUUGUGAUAGCACCACAUAGUCCUUCAUCCAAACUGUCUUCUUUCUGAUAAUCAAAGUCAUUGAAACUGUGUUCGUCUCCUGCCUAUCUUUACUUUCCCUGGCCACUCCUAAGACUGAUGAGAAACAGAUUUCCUCAUGCUCCUGUGAUCCUCAAGAUACUGGGCAAGCACAGAUGAGCAGCGGGGAGUUUGUGCCCAUUGACUCUUGUCCUGUUGCUGGAUACCACCAAGAGGAGCCUGGUUCCAUCUUCUUCACACCUCCAUCAGUAACGGCCUCCCCAACUGAAGAUGUCUAACAAUGGGGUUGAGACAGAAGACAAACCACCUGCUCCUCCAAUGAGAAAUACCAGCACUAUGAUUGGAUCGGGAAGCAAAGAUCCCGGGACUUUAAACCAUGGCUCAAAACCUCUGCCUCCCAAUCCAGAGGAGAAGAAGAGGAAGGAUCGAUUUUACCGAUCUAUUUUGCCAGGAGAUAAAACCAAUAAGAAGAAAGAGAAAGAGAGGCCGGAGAUCUCCCUCCCUUCAGACUUCGAACACACGAUUCAUGUGGGGUUUGAUGCAGUCACGGGAGAAUUCACAGGAAUGCCGGAGCAAUGGGCACGCCUGCUGCAGACUUCCAACAUCACCAAGUCAGAGCAGAAGAAGAACCCCCAGGCAGUGCUGGAUGUGUUAGAGUUUUACAACUCCAAGAAGACCUCCAACAGCCAGAAGUACAUGAGUUUCACAGAUAAAUCAGCAGAGGAUUACAAUUCAUCUAAUACAUUGAAUGUGAAGGCUGUCUCUGAGACCCCUGCAGUGCCCUCAGUGUCUGAAGAUGAGGACGAUGAAGACGAUGCAGCUCCACCCCCUGUGAUAGCUCCGCGACCUGAACACACCAAAUCUAUAUACACCCGCUCGGUGAUAGACCCUCUUCCUCCGCCUACCAGAGAUGUGGCCACCUCUCCUAUUUCUUCUCCCUCGGAAAACAGCACAACGGCACCCGACAUGCUGGUCAGGAACACGGAGAAACAAAAGAAAAAGCCAAAAAUGUCAGAUGAAGAGAUACUGGAAAAAUUAAGAAGUAUCGUGAGUGUGGGCGAUCCAAAAAAGAAGUACACGAAUUUUGAGAAAAUUGGACAGGGAGCCUCAGGUACAGUUUACACAGCAAUAGAUGUAGCUACAGGACAGGAGGUCGCAAUCAAACAGAUGAAUUUGCAGCAGCAGCCCAAAAAAGAGCUGAUUAUAAAUGAGAUCCUUGUGAUGAGGGAAAACAAAAACUCCAACAUUGUCAACUACUUGGACAGUUACCUCGUAGGAGAGGAGCUCUGGGUGGUGAUGGAGUACUUGGCAGGAGGCUCCCUAACCGAUGUCGUGACGGAGACCUGCAUGGACGAGGGACAAAUCGCCGCCGUGUGCCGGGAGUGUCUCCAAGCCCUGGAAUUCCUCCAUUCAAACCAAGUGAUUCACAGAGACAUCAAGAGUGACAACAUCCUGCUGGGAAUGGAUGGCUCUGUCAAACUAACUGACUUUGGCUUCUGUGCCCAGAUCACUCCUGAGCAGAGCAAGCGCAGCACCAUGGUGGGCACCCCGUACUGGAUGGCGCCCGAAGUGGUGACGCGGAAAGCUUACGGGCCCAAAGUGGAUAUCUGGUCCUUGGGGAUCAUGGCCAUCGAGAUGAUCGAAGGAGAGCCCCCGUACCUCAAUGAGAACCCUCUGAGAGCCCUGUAUCUCAUUGCUACUAACGGGACUCCAGAACUGCAGAAUCCGGAGAAGCUUUCACCCAUAUUCCGAGACUUCUUAAACCGCUGUCUUGAGAUGGACGUGGAAAAGAGAGGUUCUGCAAAAGAGCUGCUACAGCACCAGUUCUUGAAAAUUGCAAAGCCUCUAUCCAGUCUCACUCCUCUGAUUAUUGCCGCUAAAGAGGCAGCCAAGAACAACCAUUGAAGUCAACACAGUCACCAUGUCAAGACUUUCAGAUGUUCAUUUCAGAGACUGAAUUACUUGCUCUUCUCCCCUCGUGCUCCUUCUUCACAGGGGCGUUCUUGAAACUUUGACCUGCCUUGAAGGGUGGCAGAGGCGUCGUCCACUGUAUGUGGAAGGACACACACCAGGGGCCUGGCUGAUCUUACAUGGUGAACUGUCCUUCCAUCCUCGUGGUGGGGAUGAGAGGGGAAGAACAUUCUGUAUGGGUGAGAAGAUCUUUCUGGGGGCGUCUGAACCUGACCUACGAGUAGCGAAGCCAGUUUGUUCUCAUAUUUCUUACCGUGUUUAUUUUUAAAAAUAAUGUGGAGCCUUAGACCAUGUUUAUCUUAAUAAAUUAAAUCUUUUGCUGGCUGCACUUUUCCUGCUUCUGCCAAGCUGCUAUUACCCCACGGAGGCUGCUCUGUGCUUGGGAUGACUCGAGGAGGGAUGGAAGCAGCCAACAGCAAUGUGAACAGCUCUCAGCUGAGAGGGGAAUGAGAGAGUGAAGGUGCAUCCCUCCUGCAGCACUGCUGGAUGCUUCGAGUAAGCAUGGACAAAGCCUCUGUGUGCUUCCUGCAGCCAUUGAAGAACUUAAUUCAUGGAUGAUCUCUUUGCCAAAAUGUGUGAACUGCCCCCUACUCCCCCCUUCCCCGUUUAGUGGCAACUCUGCUAGUUUAACAAAUCUCAAAUAUUUUUUUUGUUGUUGUUCUAGGAAAUAAGUCACAGGAAAGAAAAUUACAGAGAGCUCUUUUAGGGUUAUUUUAUCAGCGCUGUGAGGCUUUUUAGAGAUGCUGUCCUGUGUGAUUAACAAACAGAGCAAUUACUGUUGUAAAGACAAGACAAGAUUUGCCCGCAAAAUAUUUUGAAAACUCUUGUUUCUUAGUGGAAAUCCAAUGGAAAACAAACUGAUAAUGGAUGCUGCUUUCUCCGUGGAGAUGUGGGGACACAAAUUUUUUGAAAUGAUGGUUUCUUUGUGCUACUGAUUCCUUGGGUUGCCAAUAGUCUGUAAAACAACAGGAAACCUGGGACUACUAGAAGAGGGACUGGUUGUAAACACUGGGCUUAUGUUCAACUGUAUACUGAUUUUAAAUAAAGUGACUGCUGCGUUUCUUAACUUGGGGCUAGAGAAGAACUGGAAGUCUGCCAUUGCUCAUAUGGUCAACAGGUACUUGGAAGUAUUGGAUGAAGUAAUUUAACCUCGUUUUUUACCCCUUCUUCUGCAGUCCUUUGGGAUAGCGAGUAGCUCCCAAGGGAGUGACUUUACACAUAGGGGAAAAUUGAUACAAAAAAAUGUGUAUUGUAAGUGUGGGAGCUGCUCUCUCUGUACUGCUUUGGUCACAUACGGGGUGAGUUUGAACCUGUUCUGGAGUAACCUCUCACCUUUCUGUUGGACAGAAAUUCAGUCUGUCUUGCUGAGACCUGCUGCUGGCUCAGCCCUUUCCUCCCUGGACCUGGGGUUUAAUUAAAUAUAUUUUUCUGAUUGGUUCCACAGUCCAUGACAGCUAUUACACCAGCUUUACUGGGUGUAGGUACUUUGAGUUCUUUUGCUUCUGAGGGGCCUUCUCCCAUCCUUUGUGCUCCAGGGGGGUCACUGUUUAACACCAGGCUGAGGGGUGAAGUCUAUUGCCCAAAUUUGCAGCCUCUCCCCCUUUGUGUAUGUGUAUUUCAUCUCCCAGCAUUGUAAAGUUUCCUCUCACAAAGCUUGUAUCCAAGGAUGAAUUCCUUGGGCAAAACAGUAGAGCUGCCAAGCUGGAAAGGGAUAUGAUCUAUUGAUGAGCUCAUCUGCUUGGAGCUUAGAUGAAGACUGUGGAAUGGAAGGCCACUAUGCUUGAAUAAUUCCCUUUGAAAAGGACUUAGUAUUCCCUCUGGAAGACUCAGGAUAGCAUAUGUGGGAGGAGUAGGAUUAGUGGCUAGAUCUCUCUUGGUCUAAAAUCUCAUUUGACUGGCAGAUUUGGCAAUUGACUAUUUUUCAGCUAGGGCAGGGUUCAGUUUGAUCCACAGUGUGUUUAAUGUCUCUGACUUCUCUUUGAUUCCCUUCCUCACUCCCUCUCUGCAUCUCACUGACAUGAGAACCUUAAUGCGGAUGUGUCCUGUCUCUGAGCAUGUACAGGAGUUUAUUUUCCUUGCAGCAAGAUUUCUGCUAAACUUGCCCAAACAAGAUAGAAAAGGUUAUUUUUAUGUGUUGCUCUUCUGGAUCCUCUGUUGCAUAAUGAAAAGGGAUCAGCAGUGACUGUUUAUCCCGCCUCUUACAAUGUGCUUCUGUCUCAUCGACUUCCACAUGGACACGGUCCUGCCUGGUUUCUGUUGGCUGCUGGAGAGGGGUGUUGCCCAGAGCCUUUCGUUCAGCUGGGAAAAGCUGCAAGACUGUGCCCAUGCUUGUGUGUCAUCUUGUGAUGGGUGGGUGGGAAAAGGAGGUGAUUGCUACAGUGUGCCUGGAAUUAGUUUCUGGUUACCAGACACAUCAUGUUUUUAUGUUCUUGGAAAAUCUUUUAAAAAAAUUGUAAUUAGUCUAAUCUUAGGAGCAUGGGUUUAUUUUGUUCUAGUUGUUCUGAAAUGCAUCCUUUCCUCCCCUCUCCUUUUGUGAGUCGCCCGGCACCAGCACCUCUGUUAGCUGUUGAAGAACCCUUCCUGUCUACAGCACACUCGUGUCUACAGAGGGCUCUUAAAUAGCAACUUUUUGACUUAAAAAAUUAUCUCCAGGGCUUAUUUUUCUGAGAAUAUCUUGUUCCUGCUGUUACUUGAAAGUGACUCCAAUUGGACAGCUUCUUUUGUGCCUUUCCCUCCCCUAACUUUCUCUUAUUAACUGAUUUGCCUGAGUUGAAACCAUUUUUAAUCACACCCCUUAAUUAUUAAUUUGCCUGCUAAUAUUAAAGUUAUGUCUUCCAUAUUAGAACAUUAAAUAUUCAAUUGUUUUGACAGUCCUUUCAGAAAAUUGAUUUCCUUUUUGAGAGGUGUCAAGCAAUCUUAUACUAGAAAUAAUUUCAUAUCCUGCAGUUUACAAAGGGCUUGGUGGAGGGAGAGGCUAAAAAAAAAAAUCUUCUUUUCUUAAACACAGAUUGUCUUAAAUUUAAGUAUCAAUUGGUAUCUUCAAUAAGACUUUUCCUAUGUUUCAAGAGAGGGCAUUGAUUUGUCUUACUUUAGCUAUUAAGGUUUUUUAGGGUUUAGAGGUUUUUUUAAACAAACAAAUUGACUUGGGUCCAAGAGUUUGCGUGUGAGUGGGGUAUGGAGACCAUGUGGGAAGAAGACAGGUUGGAUGACACUGUCAGGCACAUAGUGUGCUUCUUGGAGUUGUCCUGUUCAGGGCCAGGAGUUGGACUCAAUGAUCCUUGUGGAUCCCUUCCAACUCAGGAUGUUCUGUGACUCUGUGAGGCUGAAAGUGAAGAGCCAGGGCAGGGAUGGAGGACACAGCAGAACCGGCUGGUUGCAGUAGCACACCUUUAGCCAUCUCUAAAGUGUCUUCAUUGAAUGGAUGUGUUUUUAAAGACCAUAAAUCUGACUGAUUUGUUGCUACAGGCACUUCUCUAGGCAGGCAUUAUGCUCCUACCAAACUGCCUUCCCCUUUUAAAUAAAAGGGGUGCAGGGAUUUCUCCAGCAAAAGAGGCUCCUUGAGAAAGGAGGUUUCCAUGGAGAUACUAACUUGAUUUAAACGAUCUGGCUAAGGCUUGAGAAGAGGUUUGGUGGGUAGACACCACAUCAACACAAAAGCCACUGUUUUGUAAAGCAGCUGGACUUGUUGCAGUGUUUUGCUGCCAGCUUGAUGCCCCUUUACAGGGGUUUGGUUUUGAAAAAGUGCUGAGAAUGUUGUCUGGGCAGGAUUGUGAGGUGUAUAGAAGUCUGGCUCUUCUUAGCUGAGAUCUCUGUUAGUGUACUAAUCUACCUGUCUCAAAAUGCCACAGGUCAGUGUAAGUAGGGCAUGUUUGCAGCAGAGUACUGUGCAAGAAAGGAUUGCAAUGGUCUGCAGUAGGUGCUUGCUUUCUUAGAACCCACCCUUCUUGGCUGGCAGCAAAAUUGGUUCUGACCAGUUUCCAAGAAUAAUAUUUUUUGAAGCCCGCUACUAAUUUAGAGCACGGUCUAUUAGUCUGGCAAAUGACACAUCUUCAGUGUUAAAAUUGGUAAAGAUGAAUGGAUUAUCUGCUCACCUUCCCCCCAUAAAACAGUAAGACUUUUUAAUGGCUUCUUCCUUCAGCUGUAUUAGAGCCUGUAAAUGUAUUUUGGGGUCAUAAGGCCAACUGGAUGGAGCAUCUGUAAAACAAAUGCUGUAGGAUCUCAUAGUUUGUUGCUAAUGACAGCUCAUGGUGGCAAAGGUGGGAUCUUGGAGAAGCAGCUGCCAGCUUUGACAGGGAAUGGCCAACAGCAACAAAACUGCAGUACAGAUGGGAGGUGGACAGAAACUUGCUGCCAGAAUGGAGCCUACAGUGAGCGAUGGGAAAGAUUCAGAGCUGGUCCAAAGGGUAGGAUGAAACAAAGGUUAAAACUUACAAUUACAUGGUUGCUGAGGAAAUUCAGAGAGUGUCACAGUAGCCUGCUGCAUCUCAAGGCAGCAGCAUCUCUGAAGGAGGAGAGCAGAAAGGAGCCUGGGAAAAGAAAAGGUGCUGAAAGUGGAGAGUGGAGUAGCGAUAUGGCUCUGAGUCACAGCCUGUGCUAAGAGCUGGAGCUAAUCCAGGAGGUUCACAGAAAAUGACAAAAUUCAGCUGAAAAGGAAGAGUGGAGUUAAACAGAGGAGAUGGCCUUGAUGUGCCAAGGAACUGAAGAGAGAGGCCAGAUUUCCUGAAUGUGUGAAACAGCAGAAACGAAUUUAACACAGGCUUCUGUGGACGACAAGCAGUCUGUUCCCUCCUGCCUUGCAGCGUCAGUGUCUUGUCUUUUUGAGAUCAGCUCUGCUUUGAGAUCGUGUUAGCAACCACCCAACUUCGGUCUUGUGUUUGUAAAGAAGGCUUUUUUGCUCUGCACAUACUGAUUUCUGACUGCAGCUCUCCACUGUUGGUAGGUGUCUUUUGUGUCGUGUCACACCUGGAAAUACAGAGGCUGUUGCAGUUUUAAAAUCUGCUGGAUAAUGUACUUCUCCCCAUGCUGCCUUGGCAUGACUCCUGUACUGUACUGCUGGAUUUGUUUAAUGUGCCAGGUCAGUUCAGCCAUUUUAAAAAUAAAAAUUGAAACCUUAAACAAA